AUAGCCGAGCGAAAGCAAGAUGAGCUUCCUGUGUGGACUGCAGUCUGCCACGAGAAACCCUUUUCUCUCUGGAGUGAAUUCCCUGGCCAACUGGAGACAGUGGAAACCACUAGGCUGUCCACAAGCACGAAGGCACUGGGUGGUAAAUGCGAGUUGGGGACUUAACACAGUCAGUCAGCGUCACUUGCUGACUUUACAGCCUGGCAACUUCCGUUUUUGUAGGACCCUCAGUAACAAAAAAUCAAGAUACUUCUCAAAUGGCCAAAGCCAGGAAACGGGGGCGCUUAUCGACAAAUGUACUUUUCCAAGACACGGAGUGAGAGAAGGGGUUGGCGGUCCUGCUCCUGCAGCCUUGUGUCCUCUGAGCUGCCCUGCAGUAAGAGCCGCCAGGAGUUUCCACACGUCUCCGCGGGCGCUGGCCGCCCCAGUCCCUCUCCUGCUGCUUAUUCUGAAACCAGUGCAGAAGCUCCUGGCCAUCAUUGUGGGCAGGGGCAUAAGGAAAUGGUGGCAAGCACUUCCUCCCAACAAGAAGGAGCUAUUUAAAGACAGCGUGAAGAAGAAUAAAUGGAAGUUGCUUCUUGGCCUGAGUGCCUCCGGACUGUUGUUUGUGGUGUUGUAUUUCACUCACCUGGAAGUGAGCCCUGUCACAGGGAGGAGCAAACUGCUCUUGCUGGGGAAGGAGCACUUCAGACUUCUAGCAGACCUGGAGUACCAAGUGUGGAUGGAAGAAUUUAAAGACGCUAUGUUGCCUGAGAGAGACCCCCGCUACCUGACUGUUAAAGAAGUGGUGUAUCAUCUGACUCAGUGCAAUCAGGAUGUCCCAGGGAUCUCUGAGAUCAACUGGGUGAUUCAUGUGGUUGAUUCCCCAGAUGUGAAUGCCUUUGUUCUUCCUAACGGGCAAGUGUUUGUUUUCACCGGGCUUUUGGGUAGUGUAACUGACACUCACCAGCUCUCCUUCCUUCUGGGCCAUGAGAUUGCACACGCAGUCCUGGGGCAUGCAGCAGAAAAGGCUAGCUUGGUUCACUUACUGGAUUUCCUUGGUAUGAUUUUUCUCACAAUGAUUUGGGCUGUCUGUCCACGAGACAGCUUGGCACUUCUGGGCCAGUGGAUACAAUCAAAGCUGCAGGAGUAUGUGUUUGAUAGACCGUACAGUAGAACCCUGGAGGCUGAGGCUGACAAGAUUGGGCUGCAGCUUGCUGCUAAGGCAUGUGUGGACGUAAGAGCCAGCUCAGUAUUUUGGCAGCAGAUGGAGUUUUCGGAGCGUCUUCAUGGCUACCCAAAGUUGCCAGAGUGGCUGUCAACACACCCUUCUCAUGGGAACCGAGCUGAGCACUUGGACAGACUUAUACCACAGACGUACCACACCAGCGCUUGGAUGGUGGAGACAGGAAAAUCAGGAGUUCGAGGUCAACCCCAGCUUCACAGUGAGUCUGAGGUGCUGAAUUUAAAGAUGUGCUCCCUCAUGACUGGCUCUUGUCAAUUUUUUGUUUGUUUGUCUGAGACAGCUAUAUGAGCCUAGGCUGACUUUGACCUUUUGUGUACAGGCUGACCUUGAACUCUGGGCUGACCUUGAACUCAGAGUGCUGAGUGCAGCCCCCGUGCAGCCCCACCUGGUUUGUAUAGUCCUGGGAUCCAGUACAGGCUUCAUGCAUGCUGUGCAGGAACUCUGCCAGCUGAGCUACACUUUCAUCUCUGUGUGACUUAGAAACAGUGGGGAUUUGUUUGUAAAUUCAGAAACUGGGAAAUCUUAGAGCAAGAUCGAUGUCUUGUAAGGAUCCAGUUUCCAGCUGAUGGAUGUCUGUCUCCUAGUGUAAUCUUACAUGGUAAAGUAGGAAGCGUAGGCUUUGGGCUCAGUUUGUCCAUCUUUCCAUCUGUCCAUCCGUCCAUCCAUCCAUCCAUCCAUCCUUUCUUUAUUUAUGAUUGUAUUUUAAGUCAGAGCCCUCAUUCUGGAGCAAACCAUUUUGCUUCAAAGAAGGUGUUCUUGAACUUGAGAUCUUCCUUUGUCAGUUUCCCCAGUGUUGGGACUGUAGGCAUGGGUCACUAUGCUAGGAAUAGAACAUCUUUUAAUGAGGCGCUGAUCCCAUUGGGAUUGACGUUUACAAUCUGAUCACACCUUAAAGGCCUCAUUUUAUAAGGCUAUUACCUGGGUAUUAGGAUUUCAGCAUGUGAAGUCUGAGAGGCACAAGCACAUUGGUUGAUUAGCACCUUUUAUCUGAAUCAAAUCAUAUUUAGAUCUUUAACAUGAAGGAAAAACAUAGCAAAAAUAGUAGUGAAGUUUACCUGAUGUAAUCUGUAGUAUUGCUCACUUAAACUAGGUAGUAUGUGUGUUUCACCAGUAAUUGAUUAUACUGAGGGCCAGCGAAGACCCCAGAUGUUAGAGGCCCUGGGGAGGUUGUGACUUGUCUCUAAAGUCAUGACACACACAAGUUCUUUUCAUUUUAACUCAGUUUAAUUCUAAACUGUGUGGCUUGUUAAAACUAGAUAACAGAUUCUACCAUCCAGCUGUGAUUUGAAGCUGUCAUUUCAUCAAAUCCCUGAGGAUCUUAAGAUAGGUUAAAAAAAGAUGUGUUUAAGGGAGGUCUGUGAAACAGGAAGGAGUUGAUUAGAGAGCACAGGGAACAUGGCUGGAGAAACAAAUGUUAUUGGGAGCCAGUGAGGAAGGAAAGCAGGGGAGAUCUUUUUUUUUUUUUUCUUCUAAAAAUAAACCAUCCCAGUACAGAAAUUUAAUUUGAAAACUGCAGGUAAAUUUCUUAUAUUUUUCCCCCAAGUGAUUAAAUUCAAUUUGAAAGCAAUAAAACUCUACUACAACAUUGGGAAUAAUUCAGUGGUUGAGGCGAGAAUGAUAGUUAGUACAAGGGUAUACUGUUAAUUAGAACACACAGUCAUAAAGAUUGAAAUGGGCUGCUCUCCUAUGUCUGAUUCUAUAAUGGAAGAAAGCAGCCAUGUAUGGAAGAUGUGUUCCUACAUGCCGCUAAAGACUACAUUCUUUUUCUUUUUUCUUGUUUUGUUUUUUUGAGACAGAGUUUCACUGUGUAACAGCCUUGGCUGUCCUGAAACUAGCUUUGUAGACCAGGCUGGCCUCGAACUCACAGAGAUCACCUACCUCCGUCUCCCGAGUGCUGGGACUGAAGGUGUGUGCCAUCACUACCUGGCAAGACUACAUUCUUAUUUACUUGGGAUUAUUUUUCUAAAAUGUGUACAGGGUUGAAUUUUACUAAGGCUUCUGUCCCCUGACAUUUGAAGAGUCAGACACAUUUCUAAGGUCCAGGGCAAAAUGGUUUGCAGCAGACGCAGUGUUUUCAGUGGUGUCCUACAGAGCUAGAGGAACUGGUGAAAUCCGUAAGUUCACCUAGGAACUGAGUAGAGAACAAGGUGAAGGGUGGGUUAUUCACAGUAGGGGUCCUCAGUGCUUCCUCAGAGAGAGGACAGAAGCAGCUGUGAUUCAGAUGUUUGGGGAAAAACCAAGAGAGCAAGACCUUGUGGUUCUGUGAUGGGAACAUAAAUUUUCAUGACUUUAACAUUUAAUUUCAAGUGCUAAGGAUUAUGUCUAUUUUAUCAGAUUCUUAGAAUGCCAUUAUGAAAUAUAUUAUUUCUUGAUAUAGUUUAUCAACAUUAAAGAUAUAUUAAAUGUUGAAUUUGAAUCACUAUGUUGAUGUUGAUGUUGAAUAACUAUGACUUAGGUCUUGUAUAACUAUGCUGUAGGUCUCGUAAGUGAUAGGAAUAGCAUAGACAUGUUCACCCUCAUCCACCCUCCUCCACCCUCAUCCACCCUCCUCCACCCUCAUCUUCCUCCACCCUCACCCUCCUCCACCCUCACCCUCAUCAAGCCCAGUCUCUAGUAAAGGAAUUGGACAGCUGGGGAGAUGUGAGAGGUGAGGCUGUCUGGAGUCUCUCUUUGUAAAGACUCUAGUCCUGUUGGUUAAGGAUCCCAUACUUAUAGCCUAAUUUAUCCUUAAUUACCUUCUUGUAGCCUCUAUUCCCAAAUAUGUACAUACUGGGGGCUAAGACUUUGUAAUAUGAGUUUCUGGGAAAACAACUGAUUCUUGGGUGGGCAGCUAAUAAGUGAGCAGAGAUGGUUGUUGAAAAAGCAGUUGAAAUGGAGUAGCUGGGGUUGGGGAGAUGGUUCAGUGGGUAAGCUGUUUGCCAUGGAAGAAUGGAACUGUGAGUUUGGACCUCCAGAACCUGUAUAAAGCUGAGCAUAGUCCGCAGUCCCAGCACUGCUCCAGUGAGACUGGAGGCAGAGACAGGAGAAUCUCCAGAAGCUCAGGCCAGCUGCUCUGCGGUACACAGCACUGAACUAGAAGAGGCCCCUUUUAAAUAAGGUGAGGAUCAACACCGGGAAUGCCCUUUGUCUUCCAGACAGGUGCCUCUGUCUGCAUUCACGUACACACACACACAUGCACACAUGCACACACUGCACACACACAUGCUCAUUAGUUUAAAAAACAAAGUAAAGUGGUCCCAGUGAGGUCUCUGAAUUUGCUCAAAGGUAAGAUCUCAAUGGAGGGCCCUGAACAGAGACUGGGGACACGAUGUCUCUGACUUGUCCACUCGCUUUAUUCUGGAGGAAUUGGACAUCAUAUUGUUCAGAGAACAAACUACUCCCUCCCUUGUUUUGUUUGUUUUGUUUGUGAGCUAGGUUUUCUCUAUGUAGUUCUGGAUAUCUUGGAACUCGCUAUGUAGAUCAGGCUGGCCUCAAACUCAGAGAUCCACUUCCCUGCCUCCCCAGUGCUGGGGUUAAAGGCAACGUGCCACCACACUGGCUUUUUAUUUUGUUUUUGAAUCAAGAUAGCACCAUCAAAUUGAGGGGAAAAAUACACUUACUAUUUUAAUUCUGGGGGGAAAACAACAUGUAUAAAUGCUUAGUUAAUCAUGUCAUCCACUAGUAUAUGAAAGUGAUAAAUAUAGGUUUGUAGUAAUAAUAUUAUUUGUUGUUGGUUAGCUGAUAUGAUAUAAUUUUAUUUACUUGAAAUAAUCAGUUAGAUUUAGGAAACAUAUUCCACAUAUUUUGGUUACCAUAACAACUUGGGUGAGAAACUGAAGAACAGAUGUUAUGUCAACCUGUUGAUGUUUCAUAGCGUGAGCUUCAGAAUUACAGUUAUGCCAUUUAGACUUGGAGUUUAUGUACAUCAUAAUUUGUCCUUGAAAGAAAUACCUUAUUUAAGUAUAAAAUAUGAAUCAGUGUGAAUAACAGAAAUUUUGUUGAAAUGUUUAUUUUAAAAUCAGAUCUUUCAGGCUGGUUUUCUCUGUGUUUCUGCUGGUUUUCUUUCUCCCUGCCAUUGUUCUUCACGAGGGUGACAGGGUGGGCAAUCAUAGAAGAACUAGAAAACAUUUAAUUUGGAAUCACUGUUAAGGUUAUAUAAUUAUAAUCAUAAUUUGAAUAGGAUUUGUUUAUAAGUAUUUUAAUUGUAAACAACAUUCCAUCUCUAGGCACGAGAAUCACUUGGUAGCAGGCUGUAAAUGCAUUCAUUUUAACCUCAUUUUAUUUUUAAUCCUUUAAACUUUCAGGCAGCUGGGAAUUUGAACUCAUGUGUAAAUCAUUCUUAUGCAUUUGUAAUUGGAUAAAACAAAUGAAUAAAUCAUUAAUAUUGUGCCUCUCAUGAGCAGAGAAUAUAAGUGUUUAGAAUUGCCAUGAAAUGUCAUUGUUGGCCAUGUGUAAAACAUACGCUGUUCACCUUGCUGAGCCUCGUUUUGUCUGGCAGGGAGAGUGUUGAGGAAUCAAGUAGCAGCUACUGUAAUUGAAUUGGCCUCUGAAUCCUAAGAAGCCAGGAAGUCUGGCACUAACGUUGUCUAAAACCUUAAGAAACUACAUAAUGGCUAAGUGAAUGGACUGUUAUAAAAAAUUACUUUGAAGGCUAAGACAAGAAGGAGUAAUGGUGUGUGUACGAAAUGGAGGUGGCCCCCAAAAUAUCUUGCUCUCUGUUUCCAGUGGGCUCUUUUAAUCUAAUCACAAAGCCCUUCUGGCAUUAUUUUUUUCUCCUUUCUCCUUUCACUUAGUUACCAUUUAUAUGCUAUGUAUAAAUAAUUUCUGUCUCAUUUGAUGUGUAUUAUGUAGAGAGAUCCCAGUGUAUGCCAGCAGCUGGUUCAUACUUCAGUUGUUACUGGAAAUAAAUGUAGCCAGAACCUUUAAAAAACAAAAUACUUGUGCACUCAUUGCUCAUGCCUUUUUAACCUUUUGAAAUGUUUUUAAUGGGAUAUAACAAGAUGCAUGAUGUUUGUACGCAUAGUGGAGUGUCAGGUCAAGCUAACAGGCAGAAUCGUCACCUCACAGCUUUGGAGGGUGAUAGCUCGUGUCCACACUCGUGGCCGUUUCAGGUGUACACUGUCACUGGUUGUGCCGUCUGCUACACGGUGGUACUCAGAACUUCCUCCUUUCAUCCCACUGAAAUGUGGUCCCUGACCAGCAUCUCCCCAUCUCUUCUCUGCCCUGGUGGUCACCGUGCCCUCAGGUUCUGUGAGCUGUUUCAUUAGGUCCCAUGUGAGGUCACACUGUGCCCUUCAAAUUCAUCUGUGUUGGGACAGAUGACAAGAAUUCUUCUGUGUUUGCUUUGUUUUUGGAACUUCACUCUGUAGCUAGAUCUGACCUUGAACUUGAGGCAGUUUCCCAGCUCUCCAUUCAGAGUGCUGGGGUUCUAGGCCUAUGCUACACUGCCUGGCUAGGAUUUCAUCAUUCUGGUAGGAGGGGUUGGCUAACAAGUUUUGUUCAGAAACCUUGGCCUUAUUUAUCAUCCCUGAGAGCAACCUACCUAUGUCAAAUCAGCCUUUUCAUUUAUUUUAUUUACUGAAAGUUCUCAGUUACUUCUGCCUCAUAACUUUUGACCAUUUCAGAAAUGAGUCAAUUUCAGACUUCAAUUUCCAUUGUAGUUUGUAAAAAUAAAUAAUUUGAAAGAUAAAUAUUUUGAUGUGUAACUCUGAUUUGUAUAAAUAUUUGUGAACAUACAUUAGAUAUUAUUUAAGUCAUUAAUUAAUGAGGAAAAUGGUAAAAUGUCACAACUAGUACAAAGGAGAAUUUAGCAACCAUAAUAUAAGACGUCCUGUGUGAGACUCAAGCACGGCAAACCCAAGGCCUUUGUGUAGUCUUGUGGACGAGGAGCACAGGCUCUGCCAACCCAGCUGGAGUUCUACUGAGGGAGUUGAGCCUGGGUUUUAUCUAAUCCAGGAGUUGGGAGCUGACUCCAAACAGGGUGGCCAUAAAUUCUGUGAGUUCAUUGGACUGUGCAGGUCCAAAGAAGCAGCUGUUCACGCUGCCAUUUCUCUAACCUGCAAGGUGUUGUUAGGGUUCUGAAAUUGGUUCCCUCCGGCAGACUCGGGUUUUGACCUGACGCCUGUGGCUGUCUUGCUUCUGUCCGUAGACCUCUAAGUCUCAGGGAAGGAUCUAUCCAUCCUUUGUCUCUCCCUUCCCCUCGCCCCCCUUUCUCCUCCCACUGCUCCUUAGCCAUGCUUUAGCUAUUGUGGGCCUGACAAAGAAGAGCAUAGUCAACAGAAACAGCUGUUAUAAAACAGCUUCACGCAUAGGGCAAUAAACAGUGGCUUCUUUCCAGGCGUAGUUUGCCUCCAUUUCCAUAGACACAUAUAAGUUUCAUUAUUAUUAAUAUUAAAAUAACAGAAAUAAGGCAAGUAUUUGGUGAGGCGUUUUAGCCAAAUGAUAUUAGUUAGUAGUAGCUCAGGUUAAAAUCAGAAGUAAUUAGAAUGUGUAUAUAGACAUGAAGCCUGGUUUCAAAAACUGUGUGGUGUUGUGUGUAUGUUUAUGUGAUGUUGUGUAUAUGUUAUGUUUAUGUGGUGUUGUGUGUAUGUGUAUGCUUAUGUGGUGUGUGUAUGUUAUGUUUAUGUGGUGUUGUGUGUAUGUGUAUGUUUAUGUAGUGUUGUGUGUAUGUGUAUGUUUCUGUAUGGGCUGUUACGGUAGACGCAGCUAAGUAUAAGAAUGGCAGGAAGCUAGAAUGAACCUCCUUAGGUUAAUGUUGGAAAGAAGCAAGGUGUCAGUAAGUCAAAUAAAAUUUAUUUUAGAAACCUGUAUAGUCACAGCAAAUUAACCAAGACAAGGGCUCUGAGCCAUAAUGGGGCUUUACUCUGGCGACUUUGUUCACAAGUGCAGAGAAUAAUUACUUAGUGACUUAUUAGUUCUAGCAUCAGAAUAUAAAAAGGGACAUCAACUAUCUGUCUCCUUUUAUGAGCACAAAUGGUUUUGUUUCAGCAAUUUGAUUAAAACAUCUUUUAAAAUUUAUGAGUUGGGAUCAUUAAUUAGCCAUCAAGUCAGCGUAUAUCACAGUUAUUAUUUAUCACAAGCAACUAAAUUGUCCUCACAUCCAUAGGUGGUGUCUCGAAGACACAUAAGGCUGAAAUGCAUUCCUGACUUUGAUUUCUCUCUUUCCUAUUCUUCUGCGCCCUGUCCACAACAGUCUUUGGACUUCCUCCGGUGUGCAUUAGGAAUCUCCGGGGACCCUCACCAUGGCCACUACUUAGAACAAGUCACCAUCGUCUCCUGGUUCCUGAACCUCUCUCCCUAGUCCAUUAUUUCCAUUAAUGGCCUAUUUGCAACGUACAACGAGAAUUAUCUUUUACAUGUUAUUUUCUUGCCUAGAACUUUCCAGAGUUUUCUCAUGUAACUUAGAAUGAGAAUCUACCCUGUUCUAGUUACUUUCUGUUGCUGUGAUGAAACAUUGACCGAAACGAGUUUGGGGGCCGGAUGGUUUUAUUUAGGCUACAGGUCACAGCCCAUCACUGAAGGGAGCUAAGGCAGGAACCUGGCUGGGGUCAGGGACUGAAACCGAGGCUUCAGGAGAACGCUGCUUCCUGGCUUGCUUUCUUAUAUAAUCCAGGAGUGGUUCUGUCCACAGUGGGAUGGACCUUCCCAUGUCAAUCAUUAGUCAAGAAAGUGCCCCACGUACACACCCACGGGCUAAUUGGAUGGAUGCCAUGCCUCAGUUGAGGCUCCCUCUUCCCGGGUGACUCUAGCUUAUGUAAUGAUGAUAGAGCUCUGCAGCUCCGUCCCACAGUCUUCCGAGCGCUGCCUGUCUCGCUCCACGGUUCUCCUUGGUUCUACUUGUUUUACACCAGGUUUGUUUCCUCCCGAUAGACCCCCCCAGUUGUGGAUUUCUCUGUUCCAGACGCCACCUUCCCAAAGGGGCUUUUUCUGGUCCCUCGGUAUCAAAUAGCCUGUCUCCCAUGCAGACAUUCUCCCUUCUCAAGCUAGAAUGGUCUUAUUUCCUGUUGAUUGUCUUCUACCAUGAAAUAUGUGGCCCCUGUUCUCUAUGGUCUCUCCAGUUACUCCACGGCUUCUGAGAUACCCAGUGAAUACUUAAGUGACUAGGCUAUAUAAUAAUAGAAAACAACAGGCGAAAACAGGACAUUCUGCAGUAGAAAUGAAUGAUGCUUUCAAUGCUUAGACAAUAUUAGCUGUAGAAGAUCAUAGUUACCAGUGAGAAAAAGAUGCUCACAAGAACUGGGGAUGUAGAAAUAGCAGCGUGCUAAGGAGUCUUUGCUUCAAUUCUGACCAGGUGACCUGGUCAGGUUAGAGAAAGGUUAGAGAAAAAUCUACCCUUUGUUUUUCUCCAUACAUUGUUAGGUUAGCAGACCCUUCAAAGGUAUGUUUUAUGAACCCAUGUGUCUGUGGAAAGGACCUGUCAUUUUUUCCCCUCACCUGUGUAUCUUUGGUAAGACCCUGCCUCCUUUCCCCUCACCCAUGUCUGUGGUAAGGCCCUGCCUCCUUUCCCCUCACCCAUGUCUGUGGUAAGGCCCUGCCAUUCUUUCCUCUCGUCCAUGUGUCUGUGGUAAGGCCCUGCCUCCUUUCCCCUCACCAGUGUGUCUGUGGUAAGGCCCUGCCCUCCUCACCUCUUGACAUUUUCCUAAUAAAAAAUGGUUUGCAUUAUGACAGAAGCUCAGAUAAUGUUUGUAAAUUACUGUGCAGAGCAAGACCUGUUGAUCUCGUGAUACUUUGGAAUCUCUAAGGCGGCUUGCUUUCAUGCAUACCUUCAGUCUUCCUCAGAAUUCUUGGAGCUAUAUUUUCUAGUUAUUGGAUUAUAUUUCCAUUUUCUUAUACAUUGUAGACUCUCCAUAAUAUUUUUACAGGAUUUAUUAAAAUGAUUAUUCGUAGUUUAAAGUCUAGCCUGCAUUUAUGAGGUGCGUGUUAUAUGCAAUACAUAGAUUUGAACAGAAAAUAAAGGCAGUGAAAGACAUAUUCUGGGUGCACAUGGGAAAAAUUCUUACUUUUGAAGAAAUUUCAAGAUUUAUUUACUAUGACAGAUUUGAAUUUAUAAAAGAAAAAAGAUGUUAGCACAUUGAAAUGUUAUAGAACACAUAGAAAGAAAGCCAAAAGUUAGAAAAUAUUUAUCAAUAUAUUAAUUAAUCUUUCUAUUCAAAAGAAUUUAUAUAUAUGAUAUAUAAUAUAAUUUUUCUUGAGAAGUAGAAUGCAACAGUCCACAUGCAAGAAAACAGUAAUAGGAAAUCUUAUUAAGAAUAGUUUUUCUAACAGUUAAGGAAAGAGAUUAAACAUUCCCAAAGUGCAUAUACUUAGUACAAACGCCAUUCAAGGAAGUAUGUGGCACAAAAUUCAUUAGCAUAAAAA